AUGGCCGACCCCUUCGCUCCGCGCACCAUGAAGCGCAAGAAUGUCAAGGGCCUUGCUCUGACGCCUGCGGCCCCCAAGCCCCCGCCGACCUCCGAGACUGGCGCCAUGGGCGGUGGUAGGGACGAUCCCGGCCGGGACGAGCAGCUUGAGAUAGGUAUCGAGUACAGACUUGAUCUUCGGCCCGAGGACCUGGAGAUCAUGAAGGAGCUUGGCUCGGGAAAUGGUGGCACCGUGAGCAAGGUCAAGCACCUUACCACGGGCAUCGUAAUGGCUCGCAAAGUGAUCCAUGUCGAGGCCAACCGGGAGGUCCGGAAGCGGAUCGUCCGUGAACUCCAGAUUAUGCACGACUGCCACUCCGAUUACAUUGUCAACUUCUACGGCGCCUUCUUGAACCACAAUAACGAUGUCAUCAUGUGUAUGGAGCACAUGGAUGUUGGGCUUCCCAAGAGCGAUGCCUUCCCCAGCAUCCUGGAUGACAUGGUCCAAAAGUGUCUCUUCAAGGAGCCCGACAGGCGGCCAACACCCCAGGACCUUUACGAACGCGAUCCGUUCGUCCAGGCCGCCAAGCGGACCCCCGUCGAUCUGAGGGAAUGGGCCUGUAGCCUCAUGGAGAAAGACAACCGAAAGUCGCACCUGAUCCCCCAGGUGUCGCCCUCGACCCAAGACUUCCUUCGAUCCAAGGACUCUUCACCGGCCCAGCACGAUGACCGGGCCGGCCAGACCCCCACGUCCGGAGAGAUCCCCAUUGCGGGGACCGGGUACGUCUCGUCCCGCGAUCCGUACUCCGGAGGAGGCGCUGGCGGUGUUCCAUCGAACCGCUCGCCGACGCGCAGCAGCGCAGCCGUAAACCGGGCACCGCCACCGCCGGUCCACCCCGGCGUCAGCCGCGGAAUCAGCACCAACUCGAUACCGAAAAUGAGCCCCUACGGCGACGGUGCCGGUCUCGGAGGCAGCAGCAGUAGCAGUGGUGCUGGUGUCCGCCCCUCUUCGUCAAACAACAACACAUUCAGCCUGCCGGUUCGGCCCCCUCCCUCGGGCCCCCUACCGCCCCCGCCGCCACGGAAAGCCACACCGGAGGAUGUACGGAGGGAGACGCGCGAGGUCCGCGAGGCACCGAGGCGACAACCGGCCUACGGGCUACCGCCAAACCCAGCAUACAAUGUCUGA